UUUCAGCACACACAAAACGAAAACAUGUCGUGGUCUGAUAUUAUCAACAAUAACCUUAUCGGGUCUGGAAAUGUGAGCAAGGCUGCCAUUCUUGGAUUCGACGGAGCUGUAUGGGCAAAGAGUGAUAACUUUAAUAUCUCCGUCGAAGAAGCCGUCGCCGCAGGAAAAGCCUUCACCUCCUUGGAUGCUCUUCUUGGAACCGGCCUCCGCUUGGAAGGACAAAAAUUCUUGGUCCUCAACGCAGAUAAUGACAGAAUAAUUGGAAAGCAAGGAGGAUCUGGAUUUUUCAUCUACAAAACUAUCCAAGCCGUUAUUAUUUCCAUCUACGAGAAAGGACUCCAACCAGAAAUGUGCAGCAAGACCACCGGAGCCCUGGCCGAUUACUUCAGGUCCAUCAAGUACUGAUCACAAUUCCCGAAGCCUCCUGCCGAUUUGCCAUCCAUGUUUGCAUUUUUUUUUUUGUAUUUUUUCAUUUCGUUUCUUUUUUAUAUAAAUAAAUAAUGAAAUAAAUAUUUAUCUUU